AUGGAAGAGCAGUUAUCGUCAGUAAAUUAAGAAUAUUAUAAUGAUGAAGCUUUUAAGCAUAUUGAAGUUCCAAAUUUUAGAUAAAUUUAAAAUCCAAACUUUAUACUUCCUGGAUAUUAGUUACUGUAAAGGAACAGUUAUAAACCUUUCUAAUCAAGUUUAAAAUAGUUUUCUAACAAAAAAGAAGAAGGAAUAUAUAUUCAUAGAGUUAUUGAGGAAUAUCUUAAGUAGAGAAGUUUAACUUAGUAAAUACAAUCAAGAAAGUGGAUUGAGAAAUUCGGAAGCUAAUGGAUCUUUAUUGUUAUUGAAAAAGUAAUUUUUUAUAUGAAAUAAAGAGGACUAAUAAAUUACAAAGUGGAAUAUGUGACUACUAAUAGUAGUUUAACUAAAAGAUUUGAUGUGAUUUUUCAUGAUGAUAAUUUAGAAAAGUUUUGUAUUAUCGACUGGAAAUAUUCAGAGUGGUAAUUUGAAAACAUUUUAAAGCUUUUUUAGUAGCAUUUCAAAGAUUAGCUUUUUGAAGCUAUGAAGCAAUUCAAUACUAGUAAUGUAACUUUAAUAAUAGUUCCUUUAAAGUAAAUACAUAAUUUUACGAUCUAAGAAAUUACUUGUGAAGAUUUGUUUAAAACUGUAAAAUAAAUUUCCUCAGACUUAAACACAUUAAGUAUUAAGUAUUAGUAAUACUAUAAUUAAAUCAAGGAGAAAUAAGAAGAUAUUUUGUUAAAACCAUCGGAAAUUGGAAUUAGUAAAAGAAAAAAUGAACUUCUUUUUGAAAAUAUUAGUAACAUCCUUAAAAUAAACUCUUAGCAAUAAAUUCAUUACUAUCUAAACUUAGAAAACCUAAACAAUGAUAUUCAACCUAAAAACAAAGACUAAUUUUGGAUAAUACAUAUAUUUUUAAGUGAAAUCUUGGUUAAAAAAAAUGAAUAUUUUUAAAAUAUUCUAAAUAAUUUAGCUUAAAAAUAGUCUUUCAACUAAAAUCAGGUCACCCCAGAAAGUGAGACCAUUAGCAAAUCUGACAUCAAUUAAUUGAAAAAUUAAAUUGAAUGCUUAUCGCUCACACAAGAAAGAGGAUAUAGUAUUUUUCGUUUUGAUAAAUAUGAUUAUUUACACUUUGAAAUAUGA